AUGUCGGUCAGUAGACCGACUAGAUUCCAUCAACUACGCGACAGCUACGUCCAGAUAUCCAAAUAUGUACGCGCGCAACUGCAACAGAAACAUCCGAGCCCCGGAGUCAAAUGCGCUUCCCUCUGCGCUCGACGGUACAGUUCGACGGUAGCACUCAGCGACGCGAGGUCCGACAAGGGCUCAGAGGCAGAGGUAGCGCGAGAUGGUGCUAUAAGCACCACCUCUCAAAGGUGGUCUAGGCUGUCAGAGAAACAGUCUGCGUGCUUGAAACGAUUCGAGCGGAGUGCUCUCAACGGCUCUCGUAUAACUACGUGGGACAGUCUUGCAUCUAUAAAGCUGGACACUGACAAGCAAGAUGCUGGCGCUGUCACAAUAUGCGGUUACAUCACUUCACAAAGGUCGGCUGGGAAGUUCGAAUUCCUGCAGCUAGUAAACCCUCGCCUAGACAGGGCUGUCCAGGUCAUUUGCUCGAAGGAGAAAAUGAAAAGACCAGCGCCAGGCUAUACCGAUGAUGCUGUAAACGGGCAAGCCCAGCCUCGGAAUAUUGAGACAGAGAUCCGAGGCCACACGCCAGUUCAAAUAAUCGGCUCUGUGGUUCGUCGAGCUGCGCCUCCCAAGAAGAGAGGACAAGCAGAGAGCAUACAUCACCUGGAAGAUCAGCAGAGCAGCAUUCUCGAUAAACUAGAUCCUUUUGUGGGACAGAUUGGUCUUCUUCCACACGUUGAAAUCCAAGCGGAAUCAAUAUUCCCACUGAAUACCUUUCCUGCAGACCUUGUUGCCAAGUGUGAUACGGCAUUUCCACCAGAGUCUCGCCAUCUCCAGUUCAGGACAGAUCACGAGCUCCGCAGUCGAAUACGUCUUCGUAGUAUGGUCGCGUCCAAAAUCCGCGAGGGCAUGCUGAAGAAGGAGUUUGACGAAAUUGAAACCCCAUUAUUGUUUAAGUCUACUCCGGAAGGGGCGAGAGAAUUCAUUGUGCCCACGAGAAGGAAGGGUUUGGCUUAUGCUCUUCCCCAAAGCCCACAACAAUACAAGCAGGUGCUCAUGGCUUCUGGAGUUUCUCGCUAUUUCCAAUUCGCAAAGUGCUUUCGAGACGAAGAUCUGCGGGCGGACAGGCAACCUGAGUUUACACAACUCGAUCUCGAAAUGUCCUUUGCCGGAGCCGAGGACGUUAUGGCAGUUGUUGAAGAUAUCGUACGCAACUUUGUAUGGCCCAAUGUGCCUAAUAUUUCGCCACUGAGGAAUGCGACUUCAACCGAAGCUAGCUUGGAAGGGCAGAAUUGGUCGCCACAGGAAGCCUCGAAAUUUCCCCGGCUCUCCUACGAAGACGUCAUGACCCGAUAUGGAUCAGACAAGCCUGAUACUCGUCUAGGGAGUGAAAUUCAUCCAAUAGAUGGAUGGUUGCCCGAUAAUGUAGUAAGCAUGCUGACGUCCCUAGAAGAACCGAUUGUCGAGGUGGUGAAGAUCGAGAUGAAAGGAGCUCAUCCAUCUGCGGCCGCUCGAUUCAUCAGGUCUUUUCUGGACGCACCAACCUCGGCGCUUUACUCGAAUAACCCUGCCGGUAUGCCAGGAAUUUCAGUCUAUGAUCCGUCGAAGCCACUGAGAGGGUUAGCCAGCUUUGGUCACGAGGCAGCUGCGCGGAUAGAGGAGAGUUUCGAGCCCGAACCUGGAGAUAUAUUCAUUAUACAGACACGCGCUAGAGCUCCGUUCGCAGGCGGCUCAACAGUCUUGGGAAACCUGCGACGAGAUGUCCUACAGAGUGCGAUCUCUGAAGGGUUCAUUCCUGCACCCACUGGCUUCGCUGGUCUUUGGGUUGUCGACUUUCCCCUCCUUUCGCCUACAGAGGAAAGUGAACCAGGCCAGGGUGGCCUUGCCGGAAUCUGCUCAACCCAUCACCCAUUCACUGCUCCGCAAAAAGGCCAAGAUCUAUCACUCUUGAUCACGGAUCCUCUCAAGAUCAUUGGCGACCAUUAUGAUCUGGUCAUCAACGGAGUUGAAGUUGGCGGAGGAUCACGACGUAUCCAUGUUGCUGACAUGCAAGAGCUCAUUCUUCGAGAUGUUCUGAAGUUACGUGCCGAGCGGCUUGAGGACUUCAGGCACCUACUCAAUGCCCUCAAGAGUGGCUGUCCUCCCCACGCAGGCUUUGCUUUGGGUUUCGACAGACUUAUGGCAAUGUUGACUGACCGAGCAAGUGUCCGUGAUGUGAUUGCUUUUCCGAAGUACGCAGAUGGUGAAGACAAGUUCGUCAAGUCGCCCUCACUUCUGACUGCGGAGCAAUUGGCGACAUAUCACCUUGCGAUUAGGGAUAGUGCAGAGGCAAAAGCACCUCCCCCUGUUUCAAUCAAAGCGUAA